AUGGACGACGUUGCCGUCGAGGAGACAACAUUUGUAGUUGAUGAAGUGACCAACAUUGUAAAAGAAAGCAUCGAAAAUAACAUUGGUUCCAGUACUUAUGUUCAUGAUAAGGUUCCCCAAUGGACUUCAACGAUCGUCGAACAAAUUUUGAAUCAGUUGACCAAGCUCGGAAAACCUUUUAAAUACAUUGUAACGUGCGUAAUCAUGCAGAAAUGUGGAGCUGGUUUGCAUACUGCAAGUUCAUGUUACUGGGAUAAUUCUACCGAUGGUAGUUGUACUGUAAAAUGGGAGAACAAAUCAAUGUACUUUAUUGUUACUGUUUUUGGUUUGGCCAUAUAA